ACAGCGGCCAUUAGAUUAGAGUGUGUACAGGCGUAGGCGGCAGCACGGGCCAGAUACAGAGAAGCACUGCUUCGUUUUUGUCGUUGAGUUCGUCCCCUUUUCUUCCUGGUCAACGUUAGUGGACACGUUUUGUCUUAAGUGACCGCGGUAUUGUUUUUUUAGUGGAAGACUAUUGUUGUUUUGCUCGUUUUUUGUAAUGUAUGUGCGCGUUGGCCGCACUCUGAGCUGAACGCUAGCUAGGUUAGCUAUCUAACGCAGCGCGUACGUGCGUCCUCACGCAUUCCACAGAUUUUCCCUCGCCUUGGCUACACGAACCCAUCCGUCUGAAAUACGUUAGUUCGUUAAUACACAAAGGCGUAGUUUAAAGAGACUCGUUUCUAUUUAGAUGGCAAGCUUCCCGGAUUUUGUCAACGAAAAUGAAAUAGGUAAAGCUAAGUUCAUUGGAGAACUUUUAGCUCCUGUUGCUCCCUUUGACCAGAAGUCAGGACGGGAGACGUGGACUGUAGCUUUCGCACCUGAUGGUUCCUAUUUCGCUUGGUCUCAAGGGCAUCGCAUUGUGAGGCUUGUACCAUGGUCAAAAUGCAUAACAAACUUCUCUAUGAGGAAAGAGGAGCGAAUAAAUGGGGCUGGGCCCAGGCGGUUGUCUCGUCAGGGCAGCGAGGGCACCCUGGUGCCCGGGGAGCCCAGAGAACACACCAUCGACUGUGGUGAUAUUGUCUGGGGGCUGGCUUUUGGCUCCUCCGUCCCUGAGAAGCAGAGCCGGUGUGUGAACAUCGAGUGGCACCGCUUCAAAUUUGGACAAGACCAACUGCUGCUGGCCACAGGUCUCAACAAUGGCCGCAUCAAAAUCUGGGAUGCAUAUACAGGAAAGCUUUUGCUGAACCUGAUGGAUCACACAGACAUUGUGCGAGAUCUAACAUUUGCACCGGAUGGCAGCCUUGUGCUGGUCUCUGCUUCCAGAGACAAGACACUACGUGUGUGGGACCUCAAGGACGAUGGUAAUAUGGUGAAAGUGCUGCGGGGCCAUCAGAACUGGGUCUAUUGCAGUGCCUUCUCACCGGACUCAUCAGUGCUGUGCUCAGUGGGCGCCGGAAAAGCGGUCUUCCUGUGGAACAUGGAUAAGUACACUAUGAUCCGUAAGCUGGAGGGCCACCAUAACGAUGUGGUGUCCUGUGAGUUUUCUCCUGAUGGAGCCCUACUAGCCACAGCUUCCUAUGACACCCGCAUCAUAGUGUGGGACCCACACACGGGCAGUGUGUUGCUGGAGCUUGGGCACCUCUUUCCUCCUCCCACUCCCAUAUUUGCAGGGGGAGCGAAUGACCGCUGGGUUCGUUCCGUGGCUUUCUGUCAUGAUGGCCAACAUAUUGCUAGUAUUACUGAUGACCGAUUGGUGAGAUUCUGGAGUAUAGAUGAAAAGUCUCCCCAGGCCAUCGCAUCGCUCACUAAUGGCCUCUGCUGUGCCUUCUCAACGGACGGAAGCGUUUUAGCUGCUGGUUCGCGUGAUGGCAGUGUGCAUUUCUGGUCAUGUCCGCGCAGCGUUGCCAGCCUGCAGCAUCUGUGUCGCAUGGCACUGCGGAGAGUACUGACCACGCAGCAGGUCUACACCCUGUCCAUCCCUCAGUGUAUGCAGGAUUUCUUGGCCUACAGGAGCCUGUAACCCAGUGGACCAGUGAGCAUGAGACUGUGCACUGACAAACCAAUGAGACAUUAUUGCUAAUAAGAAAGAGGGAAAAAAAAACAACAAAAAAAAAACAAAAAGGAAAACGAACAAAAAAAAAAGACUCAGAAAAACAAGAGAAAAAAGGUUUCUUCUGUUCACACAGACCUCAUGCUCUGCUUAAUGAGGUCAUGGUUUUGUAUUUUUUUUUUAAAGUAUUAUUACUGCUUGCAGAUUGGCCUGUCAGUCCUUUUUUUUUUUUUUUUUUUUUUUUUUUUUUUUUUUUUUUUUUUUUUUUUUGGCCAAGAUAGCUGCACCCUCACCUAUAUCAGGCAGUGGCCUUUAGACAGCCUUAUCAGCAUCACGUUUUAAACUUUUUGCUCUUUCAUCUUCCUUUUUUUUUCUUCAGCACAACCUCUUGUACAAAACCUUACAAUGCAACUUUAAAGAAUGGAAGACAGUUGGAAUCUCCUCUUUUUGCCAGGAGAUGUGAAUAGCUGAUAACAGAAGAGCUGAAACUGUGGUUUCUCUUAAGAGUAUCUGAGAGAAGUGACCACCAGCAGUCCUGUGAGUUGAGGUAGGGAGGUAGCAGAGGAAGGAACUCUGGCCUUAAGUGCCAUUGCUCGUCUGGUCACAAAUUAAAGGAUUGAAUGGUCUUUGUCAACAUAGAUGGGUGUGAUUUUUAGUGUGUUUGGUGUCUCUUUUAGGAGUGCAUUUAGUAGAUCAGGGAUGCAGGCAGUGCCUCCCCUCUGUGUGCCUCUUUAGCAGAAAAAUAUUCCAUACGCUGAUGUUCACACUUGAAUGCCUCAAUAACAGCAGCCUUCUAUUCAUCUCCACGAAUCUGAGAAGAAAAUGUAGUAAACUCAUGGAUACAUGGAUAUUUGUUCCUCUUCAAAUUGUGUAUUUUUACUUGUACAGAAAUUUGUAAAGACAUGUCAUUGUGUGUGUGUGUGUGUGUGUGUGUGUGUGUGUGUGUGUGUGUGUGUGUGUGUGUGUGUGUGUGUGUGUGUGUGUGUGUGUGUGUAUAUAAAAAAUGUUCCCAUGUUUUUCCUCCUGAGUCUAAGACUGCUAAGACUGAAGGAUGUUUAUAUUGCUUUGUGCAUAGUUCUCUCUUGUGCUGUGAAUCUUAAGUUGAAUGUCAUGAAUGUCACAUGUUUAGAAGAGACUAAGUGGGCUCUGAGCUGGUUCUAGAAGGGUGAGAUUGUGAGUUAUUAACAAAAAGGAAUGUGUUCCCUCUCCUCCAUGCACACUGAAGUUUCCUUUAAGGUCCCACCUACCUAUAUUUAUUGCAUAUUUAUAUGUACAGUGAUUGUUAGCCGUGAAUCAGAAUGCUCCUGCAUUUUAUCUGCAUUUAAUCCUCUGAGCUUCUCCUGUCUACAGGGCUAGCAUGGUGUCAGUGGAGAUGGUUGUCCUGUCUCAUCUACCUCCUAGAUACGCUUGAGUAACAAUUCAAGUGGAGGCUCAGAGCUUCUUCACUGUAAGAUAUAUAAUAUGGGUGGUUGGAUCUGGUGAUAUGUUUUUCAGUCUGUUCUAUGGUUAGGGUUAGGAAGUGAAGAGAAGCGAAAGAGAUUGGUGUAAGGGGAAUGGUUGCAUUUAAUCUUUUUUUUAUUUUUUAUUUUUUUUUUUUUAAAUCUGGAGUUAAACAAUCUUGGCAAUAACUUGCAUUUGUAACCAUUAAAGGUGAUGCCAAAGACCUUGGUUUCUUUGUCAUAUUUGGCACUCAGUAUUUUUUUUUUCUCCCUCCCACGCUCCUGUCUAUAUCUGGCUAAAACUUGAAAAUCUAAUGCAUACGUCUUAUGGCUGUUUUUUUUUUUUUUUUUUUUUCCUGCUUCUGAAAGAAUCCUAUGUAAAAAAAAAAAAAAAAAAAAAAAGGCCUUUUUUCCACCGUAUCUAGGAGGAACGCAUUCAAACUUGAGUGCACUCUCAAAACGGUCAGCUGCUAAAGCAUGAGGUAUUAGUCGUCAAUUUAUUUCAAGCUCAAAAUGUUCAACUUCUUGUUCCUCCUUUGCAAAUAAACAAUUCUUGCAUAAUGCUGUAUACAAUAGUAGCAAUUAAAGUAGUCAAAGGAAUGUACUUUUUCUGUUUUGUUUGUUUUUUGCAUUUUGUAGUUGAAAUAAAGGCUUCUUUCAAAUUAAA